AUGGACAAACCAGUAAUUCAGAGAAACUACUUCUUCCUUCUAUAUAUCUUUGUCACCUUUGCAACUAAUUCUGAAGGUACAUAGACUCUAUCUUUUAUUUCCUUUAUUACAGUUGUUCAGUAUAUUAUGACAUGAAAAAAGAAUCUAAUACUUUCCCUCUCUUCUUUCAAAAAGCUUUCAGUCAAGGAUCGAUUGGCAACCUUUUCUAUGUCAACUUCAUGAUAAGUGAAUUUUCCUACCUAAAUAUCUCCAGUAUUGGGCGGAAUCUUAUUCAAGACGAAAACGAUUGUGGCUACGCCUGUCUAGAAAUUCCUUCAUGUUUUUCCUACAAUGUGGCUGCCUUCCCUGAUGUCAACGGCAAACUUCUUUGCGAACUCCUGCCCUCGGACAAGUUUAACAACUCGGACAAGUUCAACGCCAGCAAAGAGUUUCAUCACUUUUAUAUUCCGGUAAGUCAGACUUCUAAUUUAUCAAAAAUCUUCCUUCUGAAGGGAAAAUAAAAAGCUUCUUAUUGUUUUUGUUUGUUUGUUUGUUUGUUUUGUUUUGUUUUUUGUUUUGACUCUCCUUAGUUUCGAAAGUUAGCAUUUGUAAAUAAAAAUGUAUCUUCGCUUGGAAAAUCUUGAAUGCAGUGGAUUACAUUGUGCUUUAAAUGCAAAGGAAUUGACUAACGAGUUUGGCAAGCCUAAAAAGGGUUACAACUGAGUUAAACCUUUCGACUCUUAAUUAAAUCAUCCCGUCGAUGCCAAAACAUACUUGAUGAAAUCGAUAUAUUUAUCUUUGAAUUAAAAGUCGUUUAUGAGGGAGGACUUAUGAGACAGAGCUCUCAAGUGAAAUAUCUGGCUACAAAAAGCAUUUAGUUUGCAAAACACAUUGUCAUACCAUGAAUUUUCCCUAUUAUUUGUUUGCAUAUUUGGCUUUUGUUAAAAAUUACAGAAACGUUUUAAUACUCCUAUUAUAGGCUAAUCUGCUGCCAGUUAGACUAUAUUAC